UUCUGCUGCAAGUGUGUGCAACACCGGUGCACGAAUUUUUCCUUCGAAACAAGAAGGAUAAAGUCAAUUGUCUGUGCAUUUUUUUGGAUAAUUAUCCAUCUGUUUAUCAUGGUGCUUUUGGGAGAUAAAUUUCCGAAUUUUGAUACCAAUACGAACGUGGGGAAAAUCAAUCUCCACGAGUGGCUGGGGAAUUCAUGGGGAAUACUAUUCUCUCAUCCUCAUGAUUUCACACCAGUCUGUACCACUGAAUUGGCAAGAGUUGUCAAGCUGAUGCCAGAAUUUCAGAGACUCGGUGUCAAACCCAUUGCUUUGUCAUGUAAUUCAGUGGAUUCACAUGUGGAAUGGAUCAAGGACAUAAAGAGUUACGCUGGUGUCUCCAUGGACGGUUUUCCGUACCCCAUCAUCGAAGAUGAAUCUCGUAAGAUUGCUACAAGCCUUGGCAUGCUGGACCCUGAUGAGAAAGAUCAGAAUGGAAUUCCCCUCACGGCCAGAGCUGUCUUCAUCAUCGAUCCCACUAAGAAGAUGAGACUCUCCAUUCUAUACCCUGCCACCACUGGACGAAAUUUCGAUGAAAUCAUCAGAGUUAUUGAGUCUCUGCAAUUAACUGACCAAUACAAAGUUGCAACUCCUGUUGAUUGGAAGAAAGGCGAAGACGUAAUGGUCCAGCCGACAGUCACCGAUGAGGAAGCCAAGAAGACUUACGCUGACAGUCUUAAGACAAUAAAGCUUCCCUCAGGAAAACCCUACCUGCGAAUGGUGCCCCACCCCUGCGACCUGACGAUGUAAUUAUCAAAAAUCUUUCCAUUCCACUAAGAAAAAAAAACUCGGUAGAAAUGCCUGAGUACCUGUGUCACCCUAGAAUAAACCCCCAACUAUUUUUACUGACGGCCUAAAUAAAGGAUUAUUCAAAUAAUGUAGUCUUCUUCAUUUCAAUAUUUAAUGACGUCCUUGCGAGCAAAGGAGCCCUUGGAGCCCUAAUCCAAAUGCCCAUAUUUCCACCAUCCCUAAAGCGCAAUUAUAAAUUCUAAAAACUGCUCCACAAUCAACUCAAAAAGUUUCUCACUCCCAUAAAAAAUUAAACAGAACUCACUCAAUGCCUCUGUACCCCCAGGAUAACCCUUCACUACUUUCACUAAUCAAUAAAAAAAAACGACUAUUCAAGUAAUAUAAUUGUUCUCAUUCAAUAUUUAAUCACGUUCUUGCAAACAACAAAAGAAGCCAUUUAUUAUUUCACCUAAUUUGUUUCUCUCAUAAUUAAAAGUACACUGAAUUAUAUACACUUGUCCAAGUACACGAUCAUCUCCAUAUUCCCCUCAAUCGUUUACAAUAACUAGGCAGAUUGUUGUUUUUAUUUAUUAUUAACUGCAAAUAUGUACAAGUUAUCAGUUUCAUUUCGUUUCACUGUCGUUAUCAUUGAAUUAUUCUCAUCAUAAUUAAGUUAUUACUAUUCUUUAAUCAAUAUUUCAUCGUAUGGAUUAUAUUAUUAUGCAUAAUAAUAUAUAAUCAUGUUUAUAGCAGUAUAUAAAACAGUCCCUGGCUCAGUAAACCAAUAAGAUCAAAAAUAAAAAGUUGAUAAGGAGAAAAAAAAAUCAUAAUCAUUACAGAAUAAUAAAU